AUGGGCAGCGGUCGAUGUCUAAGUUCGGCGUCACCCAUUUCGGCAGCCGAACGUCAGCAACUUUGGGGUUCGGCCAUCCACCAUUCUUUCGACGAUCGUCCUGUCGCGCUUUCGACGAGAGACAUGCUCUCUACAACGACUUGGAUACGUCAUGUAUCAGUUUGCUUUACAUGAUCGCCAAAAUUGAAAAUCAUGUUAUUCACAUCAUUCACGUCUUUAAGUAAUCAUAAUUUUAUCGAUAGGUAAGUUUGCACCCUAACGACUUCACUGGGAGAAAAACCCGGAAAAUAACUAAUACAAACUUGAUUCUUAAAAGAAUAGACAUUGAGAACUCAUUUAAGGGCAAAGUUACCAGUUAAACUUUUGAGGCUUGGGUUUUGAGUUUCGAAGAACAAAUGAUCAUCGUUCUCCGUCGAAAAGUUCUCUAG